UUGCUUUCAAUUUCUAUUGGUCAAAUCUCUCACACCCAUUUUCCACUGACCAAAUCCAUCCAAGUUGAAGGUGAAAUUAUUUUCCUACUUCGUCCAUUAGACUGACCAUUAGACUGAACAGCGGUUUGUCCCCGGUUGUUUUCCCGUUUUAGCUAACAAUUCCGCCUCGGUAAUAUUCAUCAUCAUGUCAUUAUUCGGUGAGGUUCCCCAAGCCACCCCGGUGGCGGUCUUCAAACUGUCGAAUGAUUUCAAAGAGGACCCGAACCCCAUGAAGGUGAACCUCGGUGUUGGAGCCUACAGGACAGAUGAGGGCCAGCCCUGGGUGCUGCCCGUGGUUAAGAAGGUGGAGAAGCUCAUCGUAGCAGACAACCGUCUGAACCAUGAGUACCUCCCCAUCCUGGGUCUGCCUGAGUUUAGGUCCUCUGCAUCCAAGAUCGCCCUGGGAGAAGACAGCCCUGCCAUCCAGGAGAACAGGGUGGGAGCGGUGCAAUGUCUGGGGGGUACAGGUGCUCUGAAGAUGGGGGCUGAGUUUCUCAGACGCUGGUACAACGGGAACAACAACAUGAAAACACCUGUCUACGUCUCAGCGCCAACCUGGGAAAACCACAACUCUGUGUUUGCCAACGCUGGGUUCAAGGACGUCCGUCCCUAUAAGUACUGGGACACAGAGAAGCGGGGACUGGAUCUUGCCGGUUUCCUAGGUGACCUGGAGACUGCACCAAAGCAUUCCAUCUUCGUUUUGCACGCUUGUGCCCAUAACCCCACCGGCACAGACCCUACACACGUGGAGUGGAUGCAGGUGGCUGAGGUCAUGAAGAGGAGGAAGCUGUUUGUGUUCUUUGACUCUGCGUACCAGGGUUUUGCGUCAGGCUGUCUGGAUAAGGAUGCAUGGGCAGUGCGCUACUUUGUCACCCAGGGCUUUGAGAUGUUCUGUGCCCAGUCCUUCUCCAAGAACUUUGGCCUUUACAAUGAACGUGUGGGGAACCUGACCAUCGUAGCUUGUGAUGCUGACAACGUGAGGAGGGUUCUGUCUCAGAUGGAGCAGAUUGUCAGGGUAACCUGGUCCAACCCUCCCUCCCAGGGUGCCAGGCUAGUCGCCAUCACACUCAACACAGCUGAACUCUUUGCUGAAUGGAAGGAUAAUGUGAAGACCAUGGCAGACCGUGUGUUGUUGAUGAGGGCUUCACUCCAGGCUAAACUGCAGGCUCUGGGAACACCAGGAACAUGGGACCACAUCACACAGCAGAUCGGCAUGUUCAGCUUCACUGGCCUCAACCCUAAACAAGUGGAGUACAUGAUCAAGAAGAGGAGUAUCUACCUAAUGGCCAGCGGUCGUAUCAACAUGUGUGGUCUGACCACUAAGAACAUCGACUAUGUGGCCAAGUCUAUCCACGAGACUGUUGUCAACGUCCAGUAGAAGACAACAAUACCCUUAGCACCGGCCCCUGUCCACCACCAGCAGUGUGUGUGUGUAUAAUGUAUUAGACCAAGGGGGAGCCAGGUACGGGCCACAUCCGGCCUGCGAGACAUUGAAAAAUUAAAUAUUUUUUUAUAAAUCUUUUUUUCAUGCUAUCCAAUUGGUAGUUAUAGUCUUGUCCCAUCGCUGCAACGUCCGUACGGAUUCGGGAGAGGCGAAGGUCGAGAGCCGUGCAUCCUCCGAAACAUGACCCGACCGAGCCAACCGACCAUGACCCGACCGACUCAGAAGCCAGCCGCACCAAUGUGUCUGAAGAAACACUGAACACCUGGCGACAGUGUCAGUGCGCAUGCGCCUGGCCCGCCAAACGAGUCGCUAGAGCGCGAUGGGACAAGGACAUCUCGGGCCUGCCAAACCCUCUCCUAAUCCGGACGACGCUGUGCCAAUGCCUCAUGGGUCUUCCAGUCACUGCCAGCUGUGACACAGCCUGGGAUCGAACCCAGGUCUGUAGUGCGAUGCAGUGCCUUAGACCGCUGCAUCACUCGGGAGGCCCCCGCAAAUUAAUUUGAACAAACAAUUGGUCCCCCCAAAAAUGCGUCUCUCCGUUGAAUUUCAAAAUCCCAAUUUGUCACUCGAGACAGUUUGCCCACCCCUGUGUUAGACCAACACACAGAAGCCCCCCUCCUAACUACCAGCGCACCACUGUACGCUGAGCUGAUAAUGUCACUGCCUGUACAGAUAUAUUCUAUUUUAACCCUUAAACUAAUGCACAAGGCAUCGUAACAGUUAAAGACAAGUCUUAAUCAUUUGUCUGUGGAUCUGUGUGUUUGUCAUCCCUGUGUGUUUGUCAUCCCUGUGUGUUUGUCAUCCCCGUGUGUUUGUCAUCCCUGUGUCUUUGUCAUCAAUACUGCUUGCAGCGGAGAGGGGUGUCAUUUCCUUUUGAGUAUUUGUGUUCAGUGGUGUCACGAAUAAGCAGUCUGUGUCAGGACAUUGUAGAUGCUGUGUGGUUCCACACUAAGGCACUGACUGGGUGUCUCUCGACACUUUGAAAUGGCUUCCUUUCCUCAUCUCCUUCAUUGAAACUGAUGUUUCUUCCACCUGUCAUGUACAGCCAGAUCAGUGAUCAUGGAGGGAAGGACACAAGGAAAGGAGAUAUGUAAAAUAAGCUAUAGUGUUUAAACUAUUGAGACACAGGCCAAGUGUAUCUGGGUGUAUUAGACUAGCUGGUGAUUAUGAUCUUCCAUUGCUUAAUCAUGUUAUUAACAUUACAAUGUGGUUAGUAUUGCUGGAGUCGUUCUUGAAUUGCUGUGGCAUUGGGGACUGGCGUUUUGGCAAAAAAAUCUAGUUAAUUAUUCUAGAUUUAGUUUAUUUAAAUAUGUUUUGGUAUAUCCUCCCAUUCAACAUCAACUAAGAUGACUGCUUAAUGACAUUAUGAUAACAUUGUGCCAUCGGUAGGAGUAGUAACACUAAUGAGAAAUGUUAGGUUAUUUUCUUAAAUUGAUGCAACAUAUACUCAAAUCUAAAGUCAUUAGCUCUUUCAAAAUCAUUUUUGACAUGAUUAAUAAUUUAGCUCACAGUGUAAUUUCCCUACAUUUUAAAUUGAAUAACACAGAGGGACACUUUGGAUUUCGACAUACCAAAGUAUCAAUGGAAUCUGUCAAAUGUAUGACAUACUGGGUGUGAUUAAUGAACAAUUCUCUUCAAUAUAGACCCCUCCCUGAUACGUUCACCACUGGAGGGAAUGUUCAAGGUUCUUGUUUAUAUUUGCAAUGAGUGAUUGUCAAGGCAGGAACACCAAAGACAGACACCUGAGGGACAGACAUACUAUUUUAAAAUAAAUAGUUAUUUUAAUAGCC